GCGGUGUAGAGCCGGUUAACCUAACAUCUUUUUGACUAAAAUUAAAUUUCUAUCUGUGCAACAUAAUGUCGACGUCGAUAUUAAUAAAAUCUAUUGCGUCAUUAAAUAGAAGUGUUCAUAAUGUUUUUACAAAGUUUAGAUAUAUAAACACUUCAAAUAUAUUAAAUCAACAGUCUAUUUUACCCAAAAAACCUAUAAAAAUAAAAAAGAAAUCUCCAAUUACAUGGAAAAGCUUAACAGUUUCUGGUGUUGUUGGUGCUGGUCUCAUAUUAUAUUUGCAUCACCUUAAAGUGGAAAAAGAUAAGAAUAUAGCAAAAGAAAGAAGACGGGAGUUGGGCAAAGCUAAGAUUGGUGGCAAAUUCGAGUUGGUGAAUACAGAGGGAAAAACUGUGAAAUCUGAUGAUUUCUUAGGGCAAUGGUUGUUGAUAUAUUUUGGAUUUACGCAUUGCCCAGAUGUCUGCCCCGAUGAAAUUGAAAAGAUGACAAAUGUAGUAAACACUCUUGAGAAAGAACACAACUUCAAGAUACAACCAAUUUUCAUAUCAGUGGAUCCAGAGAGAGAUACAUCUACUGUUGUCGAAAAGUACCUGAAAGAAUUUUCCGACAAGAUCAUUGGUCUUACUGGCAGUAUUGAACAAGUUGGAAAAACGUGCAAGACAUACAGAGUUUACUACAGUAAUGGGCCUAAAGACCAGGAUGAGGACUAUAUUGUGGAUCACACAAUUAUUAUAUACUUGAUAGAUCCAGAAGGCUUGUUCGUGGAUUAUUAUGGGCAAACGCAUGAUGUAGAAAAGAUCGUAACUAGUGUUGUUGUAAAUAAGUUGAAAUAUGACCAGUUAAAGGGUGAUACUUCUUCUUGGUUUCCAUCAUUGCCGAUCAAGGGAGUGUUAUAAACGUUACGACAUUCCUAUGUACAAAUAAUGUAAGUCAAUAUUCUACUGCAGAAAAUGUGCAUAUAGUAUAAUUAAUAUUAUACACACACACACACAUACACACGCGCGCGCGCGCGCGCAUA